AAUGGAAUCCUCGACGAAACAUGGGUGUCACUGGCUCAUUUUUAACAGAGAAUAUGCGGGCUUCGGAGCGACCAUCCUCUCAUCCUGCACCCUGAACUUCCAAACACGCGUUUUUUCUGCCCUUCCAGCCAACCUUACAGCCGCCUUCAAGAACCUAUGCAGAUCUUUGCUCGCCCCGCCAGCCGACGACGAAGAUGGCCUGCUGCGUCAGUGGGACUCGUCGAUUCACGCAACAACAUGGCGGAAUUUCGACUUUUUGGGAAUGAUGGAUCGGUACGAGAGCGUCAUCGCAAGUGUCGGUUAUGAGUACAUCGAGCAACAUGUGCUAGAUACCUUCACGGGAGAGUGGUCGAAGCCAAUGUUGGAAGACUUACGGACCUGGAUGUCGGACAAGGUUGUACCGUGGAGUGCCGACGAAGCAAGAACGAUGCUUCAAGGUGUUGGUUCCCGUUUUGACUUCCAUAUCAACAAGACUUUGUGUGAAUUACGGACAAGAGAGAUCUUUACUAUUAUAAUCGACUACCCCGAUUUCGAGAUCCUAAUGACGACGAUCUUCACCCUGUCUUCCUAUCUUACUACUCGAUGGAAGUCCUGGUGCACUAGACGUCAGGUGAUCAUGAAGCGUACGAAUGUUACGGUUGUGGAAGAAGAGAAUUGUCUCAUUCAUGCGUCUCAUGCAUUCAACUA